GGCUACGAUCAAAAGGAUAGAAGUGUAGUGCCAUGAAAGGACAACAGAGAACAUAAUUUUCCAGGGUCACCAAAACUUUUAACUCGCAAAAAUAUUAUAAAUGAUUGUGAUUUCUGUCUCUAAACAAAAAAGUGUUUUUAAUCAACGUGCAUAAUAAUAAGUGAGAUAAUGAAAAUCAUUUAAAAAACAAACACCAUUUGAUGCUUGUGCAUCUCUUUGAAAUACUUCGUGUUCAUUAGUACACAUAUUUACUAAAGUACUAAUGUCAAGUGGCCUAUAAUUGGAUGAUAAACUUGUUAAAAAUGUUUCUACGUGGCAGAAGCGCUGAUUUCCAUGACAUUUAAUUCUGUUUCUGAAAAAUGAUACUACUAUCAUUACUAUGUGCAAUAUUUAUUUUGUUUGCUGAUAAAGUAUCGCAACAUUUUGUAAUUGGCAGUGAGUUUAAAUCAGAUUUUGUUGAUGUCGCCGAUAUCAGAGAGUUGGGUCCGAAAAUGGAAGCUUUGUUGGGACAAUCUCCAGUUGACAACAAGCAGCCAGUGUUCCCAGAGCGACCAGAUGCCGUUUACUUUGUCGUAGCAUUACACGGUGGAGCAAAACUAUGGGGACGCACUUUGGCGAGAACGUUACUUGAUCUUGGAGCUCCCUUUUCAAAUCCACAAGGCCCCCCUUUGAGACCAAUAAUCAUCGAUUUACCAGCGAAUGGAAGGUAUACUUCCAAGGUUCUAACAACACUAUGUGAUGUUAUUGAUGGUGUUCCACUUGCCGGCAUGAUAGUCGUUGGAGAUGGGCAAGCGGCGAAAAUGAUUGCUUUGGCUGGCAGCUCUAUGAAAAUACCUGUUUUGUGGGCUAAAGGAGGAAUUGCAUCACUCCAGGGAACGUCAAAUGAGCUUAUGUCAAAAUCGCAAGCAAUUCUACAACCCUCAGCACGAGAAAUUUUAGAAGCAUUGAGGUCAUUGCUCUUACAGACUCAUUGGUAUUCAUUCUACAUAUUGUCAGAUUUGAAAACAACAAUUAUAUUGGAAGGCGCAGAAGGAAAUGCACUGAAAAGAAAACCAUUACUUCCUAAAAUUCUUCAGUUGCCAACUAAUAACGAUCUAAUUUAUAGGCAACUUGAGAAAGUUUCGCAAUCUACCAGAGGUGUCGUAAUCUUGUUGUGUGAAUUGACAGAAGCCCGACGUAUUCUAGCCGAAGCUCAGAGAAUGCGAAUGCUCAACGGACAUUUCAUUUGGCUAUGGGCGGAUACAACUACGUCCACGGAGUUUUACGACCAGGUACAAACACCGCUUGGUGUAUUUGGAAACGAGGUAGAGGAGGAUAUAUCUGGGCAGUUAAAUAAUCCGUUCCAUUCUGUUAAAACAGAACUCGAAGAUGAUUUUUAUGAUUCUACAGACAUAAUCCAACAAUCACAUAUUGCUGAUCUUGUAGAAAGAAAAUUGGAUUUUGAGUUUUACGAUCCAAAACACAGAAAAAAUCGCACCAAAGCUAAUAACACGAACCGGUCCCACCAUGCUGUUGAUCUUCAGAGAAAUAUUUUAAGUUUUAAGAAUUUUAUUGGCAACAAUAAGAAGAGUGAUAAGUCUAAACGCAACGUUGAUAGUCUAGAGGAUCUAUAUAGCGAAAAUGUUAAUUCAACUUUCUCUAGUCAGUACCCCAGAAGUGGAAACCUAAACGAACUCUUACGUACAAAUAAUUUAGAGCAGAGAAACUAUCUCAAUCAAUCUAAUGGUGCUAACUACAGAUUAAUAAUUGAUUCACAAGCCAGGAAUCAAGGCCAAAAGAACAGUGUUCAAAUGAGUCGUAGUGAUCUAGAUAUUUUAUUUGGUAAUGAAGAGUAUCUAGCGGAUCUGAAGAUCAAACGAGCCAACAGUUUUCUAAAGCAUUAUAACGUAUCAUCGCAUGUAUUGUUUCACCACUUCCAAGACUUUCCAGUAGGCCUGCUGGCGCUGAGACCAGUGACAAUGAAGGUCGAUCGUCACUUUAUUCGAUCUGCUGUACGUCUUUUUGCAUCAACUUGGGCUAAAGUGGAACAAGAAGGGGAUAGUGGCCGAAAGCCAAUGCGAAACCAAGAUAAACAAUCGCCAAGUAAAACAAACCAGCGAAACAAUAAAUCUCCAAAGUACAAGCGCUCAGUGAUGAGCCAUGUGGAUCAAAUUAAUGUUGUUGAUACGUCUAGUAAAACUCAACAAGCCGUAGAAAACAAAGUUAACAAUAGUAGUAUCAGAAAUUAUAAUAGAAUCAAUGUCACUGAAUCAAAUACCUAUUACAAUUCUAAGGAACGAAAAACCGUGGAUGGCCAUAGAGUUACUGUUCAGAUCAAUAAAGGUGAAGCUUAUAAUACCACCUAUGAAAAUGCAAGUGAAAGCAAUACUACAGAUAGGAGCAAUACGAAAUCAGUUAUGAAACCAAAGCAAAAAAGACAACAAACUUGGUGGACCUCUAAAGCACACCCUGAUCGAGCACGAAGUAAUGAUCAUAUGAGAGGUGGGGCACCGCAAUAUCGUAAUGGCUGUUACGGAAUGGCUAGUCGAGGUGAGCUUAAAAAGGCUGAACUAUUCACAAGACACCUACAAGAUGGCGCAACUAGGGGCCUUAGUGGUCAAACGAUAAUGGGUGGCUUGGUGGAGAAAUCAUUAAUAACACAUUUUGAAGUUCUAAAUCUAGUUCCUGUCACAAAACGACCAAUUAUAAAACACGAUUCUCGCCAGGAAUCGUUCAGUAGCCGUAUUGUGAAUACUAGCUCGACAAAAUGGCGAAGAGUUGGUUUUAUAUCGGGACGAAAUGUGCAUUUAGACACUAUUGUAUGGCCUAGUGGUGAUAUCGUGGUCACAGGGUUAUUAUCUAAAGCACGCUCAGUAUUUCGCGUGGUUGUGGCCGUGGCACCUCCUUUCGUAAUGGAAACAGAGCUUACCGAUCAAGAACAAUGUCUGCGUGGGAUUUUAUGCUACAAAGUAUACAUAACGGGGAGGCAAAAUCUUACUCAAAUGUUCAACAAGAUUGAAAUUCAGAGAAGACGUAAAGAUCUAGGCGAAGAAGCUGAAACCGAUGAUAAAAAAUAUGAGAAACGCAUAUAUAGCGUAAGAUGCUGUUAUGGAUUGUCCAUGGACUUGUUACAAAAAGUUGCUUUAGAUCUAGGUUUUGGAUUCGACCUUUAUAUUGUCCAUGAUGGAUUAUUUGGACGCAAAAAUACUAUGAAGAAUGGAUACCAAACUACAACGCCGAGAAGGGAUGUACCUAGAAGGGUGGAAUUAUCUAAAUUUGAUGCUCAAUCUGGUAGAAGUCUUAAGCGUGGCUCAAAAUUAUCGCAAAUUCUAGAAAUGAGUUUAAAUCCACCAGAGGUUAUCACGGAUCCCCCCAUACGGAUUGCACCACCCUCAAAGAUACUUAAAGUUCAGUGGAAUGGAAUUAUUGGGGAUCUUGUUACCGGAAGUGCUGACAUAACAUUUGCUCCUCUAAGUGUUUCGAGAGAGCGCGCUCAAGUUAUCGAUUUCAGUAUUCCUUUUUUCCAUGGCGGCGUAUCAUUACUAGCUGCACCUCAGACAAAUCCUGAUGUACCACUACUGGCAUUUCUGUUACCUUUUUCUCCAGAGCUUUGGAUAGCCAUCUUCACUUCUCUGAAUGUAACGGCUAUUGCUGUUGCCAUCUAUGAAUGGUUAAGUCCAUUUGGGCUGAACCCCUGGGGCAGGCAGAGAAGUAAAAACUUUAGUAUGUCAUCAGCACUUUGGGUGAUGUGGGGGCUUCUAUGUGGACAUCUGGUGGCAUUUAAAGCUCCAAAGUCUUGGCCAAAUAAAUUUCUCAUCAACGUAUGGGGCGGCUUUAGCGUUAUUUUUGUGGCAUCGUACACCGCCAAUAUUGCAGCUUUGAUAGCUGGUCUAUUCUUUCAUAACGAAGCGGGAAGCUAUAGCGGACCGCUAUUAAAACAACGUAUCGGAGCCCCUGUUGCUACCGCAACUGAGUACUACGUACAACAGAAUGACAAAAUUCUAUGGGAGCACAUGAAAAAAUACCAGCUUAAAGACAUCCAAGAAGGAAUCGAAAGGCUGAAAAAUGGAACGAUUGAUUUGUUAAUGGCUGAUUCUCCAAUAUUAGAUUAUUAUCAAGCAACAGACCAAGGAUGUUCGUUUCAAAAAGUUGGCGAUACUUAUGUUGAUGAUUCAUAUGCAAUAGGCAUGACGAAGGGGUUUCCGUUGAAGGAAACCAUUUCAGCGCUUAUAUCAAAGUACUCAAGCGAUGGAUACUUGGACAUUCUAACAGCAAAAUGGUACGGAAGCUUGGCCUGUUUCAAGCUGGAUCGAGAAAUCGGUCAACCGAAACCCCUAGGAGUGGCGGCUGUGGCCGGAGUAUUCCUGUUACUCGGACUAGGGAUGAUCCUUGGACUUCUGAUCUUAAUUUUCGAGCAUUUAUUUUACAAAUAUACACUGCCUAUAUUGCGGCAUCAACCGAAGAAUACUGUAUGGAGAAGUAGAAACAUCAUGUUCUUUAGUCAAAAGCUGUACCGCUUCAUAAAUUGUGUGGAGUUAGUAUCGCCUCACCACGCCGCCAAAGAAUUAGUGCACACGAUACGACAAGGUCAAAUAACUAGUUUAUUCCAGAAGAGCAUUAAACGGAAGGAGGAUGAACAAAGGAGACGACGCAAAAGCAAAGCACAAUUCUUUGAUAUGAUUCAGGAAAUUAGAAGGAAUAUGUACUUAAGCAAGGUGCAGCAGCAUGAGCAAGAUACAUCACAACAGACACUUACUAAGGAAACUAUACCAGAAGCAUCCCCAGCCAAAUCUAUCACUCCAGCCAAAAAACCAAAAUUUAGUCCUAAGAUGAGCAUAUUCGGAUUGGGACGACAUAACUCAAAUCCAUCGCAGCUCAAUGUAAGACGUUUUAGUACUGACAGUAUAUUAAGCGAAAGAUUGGACACAAUUGGGAGACGUUUAAGCAGAGACAUAACCAAUUCGCCUCCCGAUCUUGCACACAGAUUCGAGACAUUUGGAAAGAUGAAAGAUGGUGAUGGUAAAUACGAUACAUAUUCUGGAAAGCAAGCGAAGGAAACAACGGCAUCUAACAAAUAUGAUACGUUCAGCGGAAAAAUUGAAAGCACCCAAUUGGAGGAAAAAGCACCUGAAUUACCAAUUAAAAAAGGAAAACAAAAUAGAAGAACGCCACUCAAUCCAGAGCUGUACGUUAAAAAUAAAAAAUAUUCCAGAGACGAUAGUCGCAAAUUAAUUCCAAUAAGUGAGAGGGUUGCUCACGGCCUUGCUCCCCCAUUUAUAGAAUCCGAUACCAGUAGUGCUCUUUUGCGGGACAAAUUACAUGAGGAGUUACGCGAAAAGUAUGCCUCUCAUGGAUUUAAUCAAAGUAUAUUGAAACCAUUCAAUCAAAAUGGAGACACGAAAUCGACGAUAGAUGCAACGGACGAAAGUAACAGACAAGGCAAAGUACCUCGAUGUAAGACGAAAAGUAACAAACAUGCGAGGAGACGCCUAACGGAUGGUUGUACAUCGGAAGUAACUCAAAGUGCUAAAUUAAUGUAAUUUUACAAUUUUCAUCGGGUAGAAAUGGGUAGAAUGUAUAGGGGCGAUGAUAUAAUAAUUUUGGAUAAACUAUGAAUUCAAAAUUAUGGUGACCAGAACAUACGAAUUGGGAACAUCGUAACGUUAUGUCUACCACCCCAAAUGAAACAGUUUAAAUUGUGUAUUGAAAGUAUGAUUUCACAUUCAUUCACUGAAAUUGAGAGGCAAUUACAAAAAUGAAAUAACGGAUUUAUAUUUUUAUUUGUUCAGAUAUGUUUUAACUUUCACAGAGAUUUUUUUGCAAGGAUUAAGGGCCGAUGUCCACGUAGCGGUUUUUUACGCAGCGUUCACGCCGCGUUUACGCAGGGUACCCAGCAUCAAAUGGAGUAAUGCACACGUAAACGUGUGCACGACUACAUUUGAUGCUGGGUACCUUGCGUGGACGCGGCGUGCAUGCAGCUUGAAAAAACGCUACGUGGGCAUCGGCCCUAAAAGUCGCAAGAAUGUGGUUGAUCAUUCAGUCAAAGUUUGACUCAUUUGCUUAUUGGUGAUUUUGGAAAAUGAAUUUUGAAACGGAUUGUAUUGCAGACUUGUAGUAUUGUAUCUUUCCUUCCACCUUUUUUCAGUUCGUUGUUUGUAUUUCACUAG